AUGCGUCCUCUACUUCUCGUUGUCAUCUUCACUGGCCUCGGACUCGGAGCGCCGCCAGCCAUUGACUUCUUCGUGGUGAAUGGAUCAGAUGCGCUCACUGCGGAAUUCCCUUACAUGGUAUCCUUGAGAACACGCUCGGGAACGCACACUUGCGGCGCCACGAUCAUUGCCUCGAGAUGGGUUCUGACCGCCGCGCACUGCUUCCUGACCCGCAAUCCCGACGACUACAACGUGCAGUACGGCACGAACGUGAUCUCCAAGGAUGGCGACUCGGUGAUGAAGAUCCGCCGGAUCAUCUGCCACGAGGGAUACGACGACAACAACCAGUUCAUCCACGACAUCGCGCUCAUCGAGCUGGAGCAGUCGCUGGAGUUUGACGUGUUCGUGAACGCCGUGCGCCUGCCGCAGGCCUUCGAGUUCACGCAGGGCGGCCUCGAGGGUCAGCUGGUGGGAUGGGGCAUGAAUGCGACCGUCGGCGGGGUCAUUCAGACGCACCUGCAGAAGGUAGACCUGGAGACGAUGACCGAUGAUGAGUGCAGAAAGCUCCACUUUGACAAGAUCCACACCACAAACAUCUGUGCUGGCGUGAAAGAGGGCGGCAAAGGGCAGUGUACUGGUGACUCUGGCGGCCCGCUGCUCGUGAACGGCGUUCAGGUGGGAAUUGUGUCCUGGAGCGUGAAACCCUGCACAAUCGCGCCCUAUCCGGGAGUUUUCACGGAGGUUUCGCACUACAUCGACUGGAUACGCCUGCACAUCGGCCUGGCGUUGGAAGGUGGCAUAUAA